AUGGGCAUGAUUUUCUUCGUGGAUAUGGGGUCAGAUAUAUCAAUCCUUCCCGCAAAACAAAACGUCAGUAAAAAAACAGAAGAGCUUGUCUUAUUUGCCGCAAAUAACACUCGAAUCCUAACGUAUGAACAAAGUCGAUUGUCUCUGAGCCUCGGUCUUCGCCGAGAUUUUGGGUGGAAUUUUUGCGUAGCAGCAGUGCCUUACCCAAUCAUAGGCGCCGACCUCCUGGCUCACUAUGGGUUGCUAGUCGACGAACGUAACCGCGAACUAAUCGAUCCCAUGACCAAUUCAUGCGUCAUGAGGUUCGUAAAAAGCGCUCCGAUCCACACACUUAGCACCAUAGAUCGCACUUUAGAGUACUCAAAGGUACUAACCGAGUUUCCGGAGGUGACCAACCUGUCUCAGGUGUCCUCACGUUUACCGGACGGUACUGUUCACCACAUUCUUACUCGUGGCCCACCAGUAUUGGAAAGGGCUCGUCGCCUAAACUAG